AUGAAUUCGAAUAUGCUUGCCAAACGUUUUGCUGCGGUCCAGAAGGGCAUCCUGUCUGCCUUGGAAUUGAAGGCAAGGUACAAGCUAACGCCAAAACAAGGACUUCGAAGCAACCUUGUCCACGGUUUUGGACAUGCGGACAAAAAGAAGAAGGUCUUGUGGGCCGCAAUCUAUCGAACACUGACAAAAGCGUUAUCCCAAGUUGUUUGUGGAACUACAAAACCCAUAGCUACCGAGGCAGGCCUGCCUCUCUGGCUUCACUCCAGACGAUUGGAAGGGCGGAACGCAGGCACGGAGUCUUACUCCGUGGGAGAUGAUUCCGUGGAUCCGGCACGCAAGCGCCUCUGGUCGACCUGCGAGACAGACGCUUGA